UAUGUUCUAGCCGGUAAGUUGCUGAUGGAGAAAAGACCGAAUUUGUUUUGGACCCCGUGUGCUGCCCAUUGUUUGGAUUUGAUGCUUGAAGACAUUGGGAAGUUACCGUUAAUCCAAAAAACCAUAAAAAGUGCCAUUUCUUUGGUUAGCUUCACUUAUAGCCACUCUAGCACUUUAUCCAUGUUGAGACAAUUCACAAAUGGCAAGGAAUUGGUGAGGCAUGCAGUCACCCGAUUUGCCACUUCAUUUCUCUCUUUGGAAAGGCUUUAUAAGGAGAAAGGAAAUCUAAGAAGAAUGUUCACUUCGGAUGAGUGGGUAAGGAAUAAGUUGUCAAGGGAGGCAAAGGGGAGGGAGGCAACAAAGAUUGUUAUUAGGCCCUCCUUUUGGAAUCAUGUCAAGUACACCCUUAAGAUCAUGAGGCCUCUUGUUUGGGUGCUUCGACUUGUUGAUGGGGAGAAGAAGCCGCCAAUGGGUUAUAUAUAUGAAGCAAUGGAAAAGGCAAAGGAAUGCAUCAUAAAAACAUUUUCUAAUGAUGUGAGCAAAUAUUCUGAAGUUUUUAAAAUCGUUGACAACAGAUGGAAUUGCCAACUUCAUCGUCCGUUGCAUGCAGCUGGUCAUUUUCUGAAUCCGGAUUUGUUUUAUGAUAAUCCUCGCAUUGAAUUGGAUUUAGAAGUUACAAAGGGAUGGUUUGAGUGCAUCACUAGAUUGGUGCCAAGUAUAGCUGUGCAAGAGAAGAUAUUGGAGGAGCAAACACUAUAUAAGUCCGGCUAUGGACUUUUUGGAUCAUCCUUUGCAAAAUCUCAGAGGAAAAAGAUUUCACCCGCAUUUUGGUGGUGGACAUAUGGGCAUGAAGCUCCAAACAUGCGAGACCUUGCUAUCAAGAUCUUGAGCUUGACUUGUAGUGCUUCUGGAUGUGAACGCAAUUGGAGUAUAUUUGAGCAUAUUCAUACUAAGAAAAGAAAUAGGCUUGAUCAUGAAAGGAUGGAGAGCUUGGUCUUCAUAAAGUAUAACCAACAACUCAUCGAGAGGUACAACCUUAAAGAUGAAGUUGACCCUAUUGCACUCAAUGACAUUGAUGAGUGUAAUGAGUGGUUAGUGGGAGAAAUUGGGACUGCCACCUUUCGAGAUGAUGAUAAUAUGGAUGAAGAUGCUGAUUUGGUUCAUCAAGAUGACAACACUUUGAGUUGGAACCUUGUUUUUGAAGCAAUGGGAGGACAUGAGCCUACGACACAUACUAGAAGACAACAACAUAGAAAAAGAAAAGAACCUGCAACUGCAAGAGGUGGUGCAAAGGGUGGACCAAGUGGGUCUAAAGCUUCAAAAAAAGGAAAAGGAAAAGCAGUAAUUGUGGAAGAGGAAGAAGAACCAGAAUUUGAAGAUGAAGAGGAUUCUGAAAAUGAAGAAGAACAAGAAGAGGAGAUUCAAUUCAAUGAUACUGAUUCAGAGGAUGAUGAGGGGGUAGAGGGAUACGAUAAUAAUCGUGUUAAUUUGGAUGAAUUUGAUGAGAGCUAGAAUGUAGAUGGUUUAUAGUUUUUAUGUUUUAUGUCUUCUAUUUUAUGGCUUGCUUAUGACUUUUGAGUUAUGAUUUGAACUUGAUGUUAUAUUUAUUUGCUAAAUUUGCUACUAUAUUUGCUAUAUUAAUUAGAUGUUUUAUGACUAGAAAGUUGCUUAUAUAGAUAGAUUUUAUAGUUUAUUAUAUUUGUAAUUUUUCUGCAUGUUUUUUUUGUACAUAUGUGUAUUUUAGGUAAUCCGCCAUUUCCGUCAUUUUCCGCAACGCCAUCCGCUAUAAUUUUAUGGCGGAUUUUUGGCUCACCGCUAUGAGCCGCCAUCCGCA